CACCUGAGAAACUGAAAUCGCAAGCCAUCAUCUGUUCAUCUCUACUCUUAGCUAUGCCAGGACUCACCCUUGGGGACGCUAUUCCUAAUCUCGAAGUUGAAAGCACCCAUGGAGUCAUCAGGCUCCAUGAUUAUAUAGAUACCUGGACCCUUCUUUUCUCCCAUCCAGCCGAUUUCACGCCAGUGUGCACCACUGAACUUGGUAAGUUGGCUGCUUAUGCUCCAGAGUUCAGUAAGAGAGGGGUUAAACUAUUGGGUUUGUCCUGCGGUGAUGUUCUUUCCCACGUGGAGUGGAUUAAGGACAUUGAAGCAUACACCCCAGGAUGCAAGGUCACAUAUCCUGUUAUUGCAGACCCUAAACGUCUGGUUCUUCAUCAACUUAACAUGGUGGAUCCAGAUGAGAAAGACCCCUCAGGGAACAAUGUCCCGUCUCGUGCUCUGCAUGUUGUGGGUCCUGAUAAGAAGAUCAAGAUGAGCUUUCUUUAUCCAGCAAGUACAGGGAGGAACAUAGAUGAAGUGAUAAGGGUCUUGGAUUCCCUGCAGAGGGCAGCGAAGCACAACAUUGCGACUCCAGUGAAUUGGAAGCCGGGGGAUCCGGUGGUAAUAUCUCCUAAUGUAUCAAACGAUGAGGCUGAAAAGAUGUUCCCCCAGGGGUACAAGAUUGUUGAUCUUCCUUCGGGGAAGGAAUACAUGCGCCUUACCAAUCUUGAUUAGGCUACCUGCAGCCACCAGCCACCAGAACCAUAGAAUGUAGAUUUCCUUUCUCCUAUAUCUCACUUAUGUAAUGUAUGUAAUGCUAUAUGUUUUCAGGUGCUUUAACGACUGGAUUUGUCUGUAUGUCACAAGUCUGCAUGCCUACUGAUAGGUAGACAAGGAUAAGCUGCUUAUCAUAAAGCUGAUCAUUAUCUUACGGAUUUGUAUGCCCUGUAGAUUAA